UAUUCAUUCUUCCCGAAACCUCCUUCUUUCUGAAUUAUCUGUGAUGGUCUCCUAAAAUGAAUUUUAUUCAUAUUGAAAUUAAGUUUAUUAUUAAGUUUUAAUUAUUAAUUAAAUUAAGGUACAAAAUAUUUCAAACGAAUUGUGAAAAUCAUCUUGGAUUCUUCAAGAUGUUUAAUCUUCCGGACUGCAGUGAUUUUUGGACUAAUUUCAAUUUUGCUUGUGGGACUUUCAUAAUCGCUAAUAUUAUUUACCUGGUAAUUAAAUAUGAAUUAAUUACAGUACUGUGUGCAUCUAAGAUUAAUGAGGAUUCGUAUGAGAAUGGAGGAGACCUUGUUGCUAAAGUGCUUAAGAGUCAUGGUGUUACACAUAUGUUCACAUUAAUUGGAGGGCAUAUUUCUCCUAUUCUUGUAGCAGCUGAAAAACUUGGAAUACGUGUGAUAGAUACUAGGCAUGAGGUUACAACCGUUUUUGCUGCAGAUGCAUUUUCUCGUAUUUCUGGCAAAAUAGGAGUAGCUGCUGUAACUGCAGGCCCAGGUGUUACCAAUACUAUAACUGCAGUUAAAAAUGCUCAGAUGGCAGAAACUCCUUUACUUUUGUUAGGUGGGGCAGCAGCUUCUCUGUUGAAAGGAAGAGGUUCUUUACAAGACAUUGAUCAAAUAAGUUUAAUGAAAUCUGUAUGCAAGUAUCAUAAAUCAGUUACAUGUGUGAGACACAUUGUUCCUGUGCUACGAGAAGCUAUACAAAUUGCUUAUUCUCAGACUCCUGGGCCUGUCUUUGUUGAAUUGCCAUUGGAUGUUCUAUAUCCACAUAAGUUUGUCAAACGGGAGAUGAAGAUAAAAGAAAACCCUAAAGGUCUUCUGCCCAAAAUCAUGAAUGCGUAUUUGAAAUUUUAUUUGCGUUAUCAAUUUGCUUCUGCUUUUGAUGAAAAAGACUUGUCACCUUUACCUGUAUAUACUCCUGUCGCAUCAGAUAAGAAAAUUUCAGAAUGUCAAAAUCUCCUUAAAGACGCCAAGCGCCCUUUGAUUCUAUUAGGUAGCCAGGCUCUAAUACCUCCAACAGAAGCUGAAAAUUUGAGAAAAGCACUUGAACAUUUGAAAAUUCCAUGUUUUCUUGGAGGAAUGGCUCGAGGUUUACUUGGUCGAAAUAAUCCUCUCCAUAUCCGACAAAAAAGACGAGACGCUUUGCAAGAAGCUGAUUUAGUUAUUUUAGCAGGAUCUGUGUGUGAUUUUCGCCUAUCUUAUGGAAGGGUUCUUAGCUCUAAGUCAAAAAUUAUUGCUAUUAAUAGGGACAAAACGCAACUUUAUAAGAAUUCUGGCAUUUUCUGGAAACCAACAAUUGCUAUUCAAGCCAGUGCUUCCGAUUUUCUUAUAAGAUUAGCUAAGAAAUCCUCAGGUUAUCCUCAGGAUGAAUGGCUUUCAAAAUUACGUGAAAGAGAUGAGGCUACAGAAAAGAAAAACAAAGAAAAAAUCAACUACAACGAAUCCCGAUAUCUUGAUCCAGUUCAUCUGUUGUAUGAUCUUGAAAAAGUUCUGCCUGAAAACACCGUGAUUGUAGCCGAUGGAGGAGACUUUGUUGCUACAUCUUCUUAUAUAUUGAGACCCAGAGGUCCAUUACGAUGGUUGGAUCCUGGUGCAUUUGGUACACUAGGUGUUGGAGCUGGUUUUGCUUUAGGUGCAAAGCUGUGUUAUCCAGACUCGAAUGUAUUAAUUCUAUAUGGAGAUGGAUCUUGUGGAUACAGCAUUAUGGAAUUUGAUACAUUCAUCAGGCAUAAGUUGCCAAUUAUAGCCCUUGUGGGAAAUGAUGCUUGCUGGACUCAGAUAGCUAGAGAGCAAGUUCCCAUUUUUCAAAGUGAAGUAGCCUGCAAUUUAGCUUUCACAGAUUACCACAAAGUUGUUGAGGCUUUGGGUGGUAAAGGAAUGGUAUUGACUGGUGAUGAUAAGAAUAAUUUGGAAUCGAAGUUAACUGCUGCAUUUGAUUUAUGUAAAAGAGGUGAUAGCGUUCUUGUAAAUGCCCAUCUGGGAAAAACAGAUUUCAGAGCUGGCAGUAUUUCAAUUUAAAAGAAGGUUCAAUAAAUUUAGUUUGAAUUGUUAAAAGUAUUUCGGCUUUAGUAUAUUAUUUUCUGUUGAAAAUUUGAACUAACAUCUGUUUUUAUUAUUAUCAAUAAAUGGUAACUGGAGUAAAUUAAUUUAUCAGUGUGGAUUAAUUCAAUCCUGCCUUUAACAACCUCCAGUUUUAAUUUCUCCUUUAAAAUACCUAUGUACUCUUUUGGAAAUAUAUUACAUUGAUUUGGAAUACCUUAAAUAUUUCAAAAAAUAUGAAAGGAUGUUGAAGUAUUUGAAUGCUGAUUGUAGAAAAAUGAUUGUACAAUUUUUGAAAAUGUUUUUAUGCAUUUAAGAGAAUACAAACUGAAUUUCAAGUCGUUUCCUUACUGAAAGAGUUUGCAGCUCUUGUGAAAUUCUGGAUAUAGUAUAGUAUAGUUCUGUUAUGGUUCUGCUUAUAUUUUUUACAAGAAAUAAAAUUAAAAAACUUUAAAGCCUUUUUAAAGCAUCGCGAUCUUUAUCUAAUACCUAUCCUCAUAAAUAAGAUCACUAUUUCAAAUUAAUAAAAUUAAUAAGGCACUUGAAAGCAGUGGUAGGGAGAGGUUAUAAAAAAUUUGAAUUUCAGACAUUUGAAAGUAUCUUAUAUUUUGUGCCUGAAAGUCUACCAUAAUUUUAUUUAGUUUUUUAUUUACUUAAAAUGUAUAAAUUAAUUUUUACCUAAAGUUUUUAUGAUUUUACUUUUAAAUUGCAUUAUUUUAAUAUAUCUAGAAAUUGUCAAUUUUUAAAAAUUAUUUUUUAUGUUCAUUAUAUGUAUGUUUUAAAAUACAGUGCACAUUAUGAUAAUCCUCGAUAAAUGAUAAAAUAUCAGAUAACUUCAAAAUAUUCAUUGGUGAUAUUUUAUUGUUUCAUAAUUUCAAUACUUAUAUAAAAUUUAGUGCACAUUUAAAAUGCAAAAAUUUAAAAAGUUGUUAACUGAUAUUUUAAGUUAUUCCAACAAUAUCACCCAUGUCAGAGUGUUCCGGCGCUGCUUAAUUUGUGACUAUAUUACUAUGUGAAAUAUGCCUGGUUUGAAAUCGGUUGGCUUUAUACACACUUCAUGUGUAUUUUAAAUAUUAUUUCUUAAUUAUAAGAUUUUUUUACUAACUUUUUCAAGGUAUUCCCAAUAUUCAAUCAAGGUAUUCCCUAUAUUAAAAAAAUGUAUAUUCAGAUUUAUACCUUCAGUGUAUUAUUUCUUUUCUCCUUGAAUGGAGCUCUAUGAAAUUCCAUUUCAUUGAGGAGGAUGGUUUUUUUCACUAUUUAAUUUAAAGAGGCGUAUCUGUAUUUAAUGUUUUUGGUUUAAUGUUAACUAUAGACAAAGGAUUGCACAAUUAUUUAAAAUGUCAUUCCACAUUUAAAGAAUGCAAAUUGAAUUUUAACUCAUUUCCUCAGAGAGCGAUUAAGUAGUUCUUGUGAAACCAAUGAUGUCUUUCAGGAUUCAUUAUUUAUUAUUUACUUUAAAACCAUGAUACUCUUCUAAAUACUAAUAAUCUGAAAGCAAAUAUUUUUUGUUUCUUCAAAGUUUCAUCUUUUUCGAUGAAACAAAAAUAUUUUCAGUUUAUGGAUUUUGUUACCUAUAUUUAAUGAAUUACUAGACGUUUCACCACAGUUAUUGUGAAAAUGAUAAAAUAGAAGGGGUUAUUUAUGCCAGUAUUUGUGCAAAAUUAAAGAACGCUGAAUGCGGAAUUACACUUAUUCAUUAAUGAAAUUUGGUUGACAUUAUUAUUGUUUUAAAUAAUGAGUGUUGAUAUUAUCGCAUUCAUUGUCAUUAAUGUUUUUAGAAUUGGGAAUGAAAUUUACUUUUUUAAUAGAAAAGAAUUAUUAAAAUAAAUUGUGAAUUCUGCAAGUAUAAUUUGGAUUCUUAUUGAUUGAUGGAAAGCGGAUGCCAUUUGUUAUUGUCGAAAAAUAAUAUUCAUAAAUUUUUAUUAACUUGUCUAAAUAUUGCGUCCAAAUUGGCAACCAUUGUCUGCGUGUUUUACUUUUUUAUUUUAAUUAUAUGCGUUAUUUUUAUGCAAAAUAAAUUUUGCGGCUCAUUGCUGUAAAAUCAUUUUUUAAUUAAUUAUUUGCAUUUCUUUCAAAAUUUUUGGUGCAUUUUAGUAAAAUAGAACCUUAAAACUAUACUUUUUGAUGUUUUUGAAGAAUAAAUUGCAUUGAAAUCUGCAAAAUAAAAUAUUGUAUUUAUAUAUAUAUAUAUAUUAUAUA